GGGGCGCUGGGGCCGGCUAUAAAGGAGCAGCGUGGGGCUUGCACACACACCCCCGCUGCACACAUGCAGUGUGCUCAGGAUGACACAGCCCACUACUGUGCUGAGCAUUUUUGCCAUGUUCCUUCACACCACUUUUGGGGAAAGUGGUUGCACUUCAGCAGACGGUGAUGGGACUCUCGGGGAUGAUGAACCAGACAAUUUUGACAUUGAUUGCUUCAGCCAGCUGGAAAUUAAAGACUCCUUUAGCAGCCUAACCUGCAAUUUCACCGAGCUGUCUCCUUACAAUACAAACUACACCCUGUCUCUGUGUACCAAGGAAGACAACAAUUACGCCUGCUCCAACAUGAAGAAACAGGAAGAUGUCUUCUUCUUACAGUUCAUUGAUAUACUCUCAAACAGAGAUGUUUGCAUGUACUCUGAGACGAAGAGAAGGGUCUGCAGGAGUCUGGUUGUAACUGACAUUGUUAAGCCUGAAGUACCAUUCGCUAUAAACAUCACAUAUGAAAGGGAGGCAAAUGAGUAUCUCAUUCGCUACUGUACACCACACUCAAGGAAGAAAUACUUAAAGGACAAAUUAGUGCACCAAGUAGCCUAUCGGCAGAAAGAAGGUACUUGGAAGACAAUAGAGUCACCAUACCUUCAGAUAAAAUUGCUGGGGAAAAACCUUGAAAAUGAAGCAUCAUAUGAGGUGAAAGUACGUUCUCAGCCCAACGGAGAUUAUUUUAAGGGCAUAUGGAGUGAAUGGAGCACUUCCAAGAGCUUCUGGACAGCAAGAGAGCAGCACUCCACAGAAAGAUAUAGCAGUGUGGUCAUGGUUAUAUUCUCCAUCCUGGGAUUCAUGCUGUCUGUUGUUAUGAUUGCACUGAUUAUAGUUUUUUGGAAAAACAGGAUCAAGCCUGCUGUAUGGCCGAACCUUCCUGACCAUAAAAAAACGCUGGAGCAACUAUGCAAGAAGCCAAAAAACAAUUUUGAUAUAAGCUUUAACCCAGAGAGUUUUGGUUAUGUUCAUAUCCAUAAAGUGGAUGGCCUUUGGGCAAAAGCUGAACUGGAAAAUUUUCUGCAGACAUCAACUGCUCCAGAGACAAGCCUUCCAGAAAAAUUCAGGAGUGGAUCAGAUGCAAAGGUGAGCCCUGUGAUGGCAACAAAACCCAACCUAAACCUGCCCGUGUCUUACGAAGGACUCUGGCCAGCUGAAGCCCUGUGCAGGCUCCUGGGCCCCAGCCAGUUUGCAGUCACCGAGGGCAGCUGUGGCUCCAGCACGUAUGAGGUUUGCCACAGCAACAGGGUGCCCCUGCACAGCACUGGUUUCAACCUUUCCUCCACGUGUCCCCUGGGUCUUUCAGGCCAGCCCCAUCCAGAGCCCCUAAAUGAUGACACCGGAUCCCAGAUUCUGCCUAACGGUGACAUGAGAUCACCAAACAACGAGGAAGCCUACGUCACAAUGUCCAACUUCUACAAAAUUCAGUAAAUCUCACAAGAAUUACAGCAUGCAUUUUUUCUCUAACACACACAGGAUACUGAAGCUUUCAGGUUUUGUUUUACUGUAUCCUGUGAGUUCCCACCUCCCUGUGAGCGCACCCAGCUCAUAGUGCAGUGAUGUGCCUGCAGGGAAGGGGGCUCUCCUACAGCCCAGUGAGAAGUGGACUAGCUCAGCAUUCAGUAGGCUGCUAGCAGCCUUCACUGCAGCAGAAAUUAAAUUUAAUUCAACCGGAUUCUGAUCUUCAAAUCUGAUUAAUCCAGAGCAGUGACAAUGCAAUCCCAGCCGAGGAUCACAGCAUGUUUUGUAGAAAUUAAUGAACUCUUUUGUUACCAUUUUGGUUACAAAGUUAAGUUCUUAUUAAUGCCUUAGCAAGAAAUAUGGCAAUAAAUUCCUUUUAACGGAACCCCAUCUCUUUUAAAGACUGGUGGGUCAAGACUAACUCCCCCAGUCAGUCAGAAGACAGAAAAAAGACAAAAAGACAGGAAAUGAAAAUUGCUAUCAAGUAUUAGAUGCCUGGCAAUUCAGGAGCUUGACCACCACAAUGAAAGUUAGCUGAAUGCCCACCAAAAAUGUUACAUGGGCCCACCUGAGGGCAAUGAUUCCUGAGAUGGAUUUAGUUUUUGGUUUGGUGCUCUUUUUUUUGGUAGUUUUUUGGGUUUUUUGAGACAAAAAUUAAACAAAACCAAACCCUGAAUGCCACUACUUUUUGCUAUUGGCAAAGAUCUGGCCUUAAGUACCAAGAUGCACAGGAACUUCUGCUAAUACUUUUGAGGUCUUCAACAUUUCAUGUACCAAAGCAAAGUCAUGAGAAGUAAAGUCAUUUCCCUUCCUAGAAGCUGAAUUAGGUCUGUAAAUUGCAUGAUGCUGUCCUUUUCUGUAGCUCUUAUGCAAUUAUUAAUGUAGCAUAAGUGCUUUCUAUUCCAGAGACUGGUCUGACCAUGUUUGCUUGCUAGCAUUAUCCCCAGCGGCUGUGACUGCACACAGGUACUAUGAAUUUAGACAGGCAAUGUUCUCAUGCAACAUCUGACAUAGGAAGAUGGAUGGAAUGUUGUGGAUCCUUGGCAGUGAUUACAAGAAGUAAUUUGGUUUUUAAAAAUAUCUUAUAGUUUGCCAGGAGAUUUUUUUUUUGUUUGUUGGUUUUUGGGAUUUUUUUA